CCAGCUUGCAGUCUGAUUUCGUAUCAAGCUGUGCAUCUUGCUUUGGGCUUCUGCUUGCAUUUCCAACCGCUGUCGCCAUGAGUUGCAACAUUAAGGAGACUAUUACUGUGUCUAGCAAAGGCAGGAGCAGCGGUGGCAGCUGUAUCAUUGGUGGUGGUGGUGGAGCACGGAUUUCUUCCUUUGGCAUGGGCAGUGGCAGAGGUUUUUCUGGAAGGAGUUACUGCGGUGGAGUGAAUUAUGGAGGGGGAAUAAGUGUUGGUAGCUUGGCUGGUGGGAGCUAUGGAGGUGGCAACUGCUACGGCAAUGGCCUCGGGUUUGGCCUCGGAGGCGGUGUGGUUGUUGGGGGUCUUGGUGGCGACUGCUUGCUUUCAUCCUGCGAUGAGAAGGUCACCAUGCAAAACCUCAAUGACCGCCUGGCUUCCUACCUGGACAAGGUGAAGUGCUUGGAGAAGGAGAAUGCUGAGCUGGAGUGCAGGAUCAGAGAGUGGUAUGCAACACAGGGCCUCUCCUGUGAGCCCCGCGACUACAGCUGCUACUACAAAGAGAUUGAAGAUCUUCAGAACCAGAUUGUCUGUGCAACCAUUGAUAACAACAAGAUCAUCCUGGACAUUGAUAACAGCAGGAUGGCGGCUGAUGACUUCCGUGUGAAGUACGAGACGGAGCUGGCCCUGCGCCAGAGCGUGGAGGCCGACAUCAACGGGCUGCGCCAGGUGCUGGACCAGCUGACGCUGUGCAGGUCUGACCUGGAGGCACAGCUGGAGUCGCUGCGGGAGGAGCUCUGCUGCCUGAAGAAGAACCACGAGGAGGAGAUGAGUUGCCUGAGGAAACAAUCAACUGGAGAUGUGAGUGUGGAGGUCAAUGCCUGCCCGGGACCAGAUCUCAGGCAAAUCUUGGAGGAUUUGAGAUGCCAGUAUGAAACACUGAUAGCGCGCAACCGCAAGGAAGUUGAGGAUUGGUACGAGUGCAAGAUUGAGGAGGUGAAUCGGGAGGUUAUUACAAGCGGUCAGGAGGUGGAGACGUGCAACAACCAGGUGACUGAACUGAGACGCCAAUUGCAAACCCUGGAAAUCGAUCUCCAAGCUCAGCUCAGCCAGAGAAAUAACUUGGAAUCAUCUCUGGCUGAAACUGAGUGCCAGUACAACACUCUCCUCAGUGAGCUACAGAACCAGAUCACGUGUGUGGAGCAGCAGUUGGCUGAAAUAAGAGCAGAAAUAGAGUGCCAGAACCAAGAGUACAAGACCUUACUGGACGUCAAGUGCCGCCUGGAGCAGGAGAUCCAGACCUACCGGUGCUUGUUGGAAGGAGGACAGCAGGACCUCAUUCACGGAGGAGGAAUUGGAACUGGUGGAGGGGUCAUUAGGACGAGCCACACCUACACAACUUCAGCUGCCCACUGCCAGGCCCAGGUCCCACCCUGCAAGACCGGAGACAUACAAGACUCGAAUUUCUCCCUGCAGCUGCCCAAAACCUUGAACAACGCCCCGGAGCUGCUGCCCGCUCCUCCCAGCAGAACAGCGACCAGCUUUGACUUUUCACCUGAGUUAUUUGCUGCUGCCACUAUGAGCUGUGGCUCCAAGCAGCCCCUGAAGAGCUGCCUGCGGGGGAGCAGCGGUGGAGGGGGUGGAGGGGGCAGCUCGCGUUCCUCGGCCUCCUCGAGGACACUCACUUCCAGGACAAGUGGUGGUGGCAGGUUUUCUGGCAGCAGUUGUGGCGGAGGAAGCUCCCGGAGCAGCUGUGGUGGAGGAAGUGGUUAUGGCAGGCGCGGUAGCUAUGGAGGAGGAAUGAGCAGCAGCAGCUGUGGAGGGAGACUGGGUGGUGCGUGUUACGGAGGGGGAAUGGGCCACAGCAGCGUGGGAACGGGCUUCAGGCCUGGGAGCAGCUUUGGGGGCGCUUAUGGAGGAGGCUUUGGUGGAGGAAUGGCUGGUUUCAGUGGUGGCAGCUUUGGCAGUGGUGGCUUUCAUGGAGGGAAUGUGGGAAUUCUCUCCUAUGAUGAAAAGCUGACCAUGCAGAGCCUUAAUGAACGCCUGGCUUCCUACAUGGAGACAGUCAGGAAUUUGGAAAAGGAAAAUGCUCAGCUUGAACAGUUAAUCAGGGAGUGGUACCAGAAGCAAGGUCCUAUUGGCCCAAAGGACUACAGCCACUAUUAUGGACAAAUUGAAGAACUUCAAAAGCAGAUUGUGGCUGCAGCUGUGGAAACCCACAAGGUACUUUUGGACCUGGAUAAUACAAAGAUGACUGCAGAAGACUUUAGAAUAAAGUACGAGAUGGAGAGCGGGCUCCGGCAGAACGUGGAGGGCGACCUCAACAGCCUGCGGCCCCUGCUGGAUAACCUGACCCUGACCAAGGCUGACCUGGAAAUGCAGUUUGAGUCUCUGAAGGAGGAGAUCAUCGACCUCAAGAAGAACCACGAGGAGGAAAUGAAACUGCUGCAAUCCCAGACCAAUGGGGAUGUGAAUGUGCAGAUAAACACUGCUCCAGGAGAGGAUCUGCUGAAAAAACUGAAUGAGAUGAGGCAAGAAUAUGAAGCUAUUAUUCAGAAAAACCGUGCAGAGGUUGAGAAGUGGUAUGAAAGCAAGAUGGAGGAAGUGAGUCAACAAGUCCAGUCAAGUAGCCAGGAAAUAGACUCAAGCAACCAACAGAUCUCUGUGCUGAGACGUCAAUUUCAGAGCCUGGAAAUUGAGCUGCAGUCGCAGAUCAGUCUGAUAGACUCUCUGCAAUCCAACCUGGAAGACACGGAGCGUCGUUACAACAUGCAGCUGCAGCAGAUCCAGGCCAUGAUCGGGCCCUUGGAGGAGGAGCUGGCCAGCAUCCGCUGCGAGAUGGAGAGCCAGAACGAGGAGUACAAGAUGCUGCUGGGCAUCAAGACCCGCCUGGAGCAGGAGAUCCAGCAGUACCGGGCACUGCUGCAUGAGGGGCAGCAGGGCAUUAGCACUUCACAGGGAGGAGCUGGUGCUGGAUCUUCUGGAGGAGGAGGUCAUGGAGGAAGUAGUGGAGGAGGAAGCUGUUGGUCCUCAGGUGGAGGAAGCAGUGGAGGAAAAACUGGAGGAUCCUAUGGAAGAUCUUCCUCUUCUGAAAGUGGAGGAGGAGGGAGUGGAGGAAGAACAGGAGGUGGAACCUGUGGUAAAACUUCAGGUGGAGGAGGUGGCAGUGGUGGAGGAGGAGGGGGUAAAUCCUGCCUCUCCCGCUCUUCAUCUUCCCAGUCCCAGCCUGGCGACUCUUGUGAAAGCCCAGUUCCAGGAAGUGCUGAAAACAUGAAGCUCUGCCUGGAAGGAAAUAAAACAUUGGAGAGAGGAGCAACCAUGGAGGAAGUGUCUGAAGCCAUAAAACACAUGAGACGGGGGAGUUUUAGAAAGGCUGAGGAGUGAUCAGCAAGACCAGCAUCUUCCACUGCACGACCUCCAGUGAGGCCUUUGGACCAAGCAAGACUCUACUGAGCACGGCUGAACAUCCCCUGCCACGAGCAGGAGCGAACACUUGUCCAACUUACUCAACACUGCUCACGCCAGGGGCUUGUCAGAGCUCUCUGCAUGUCCUGUCUGCUUCUUCCAUCUGUGCUUCUGCUCCAAAUCACUGUUACCUGAGUUAAUCUCUGCCGUGAUUGGUGUUCCUGUGGAAUAAAUGCUAAUAAAUCUGUGCUUCUCUCUGAUGCAACCAGAAA